AUGGCAAGGGGGCUUCUCUGUGCCCUAGUGCUGCUGCUGGCCCUGCGAUGCACCCCUGGGCAGGCGGGGGAGUACUGCCACGGCUGGGCGGGCAGCCCGCAGCGCUGGCACCGCGGCUUCCAGUGCCCCGAGCGCUACGAUGGCCCCGAGGCCACGCUGUGCUGCGGGACCUGCAGCCUGCGCUACUGCUGCUCCUCCAGAGAGGCCCGCCUGGACCAGGGCCGGUGCCCUGGUGACCAGCAGCAGCCCAGCCCCAGGCCUCCGGUGCCAGUGACACCAUAUCACAGCAGCCUCCUCUCAGUGGUGAGUGAAGGUUUUGUCACCGUGUCUAGCCAGAGUUACAGUAGCUCUGGUUUGGGCUAUUUGGAAGAUACCUUUGAGCCCUUCAGCGAGGAGGAAGAAGCCUGCUGGCAGUGAGAGAGUGAACCAUCUGAAUCAUCUUGCUCCACAGAAGAUUUAGAGUGGUCUGCUGUGUCAGAGAUGUUGGAGAGUAUGUCACGGUUGGCAGGCCAAAAUCAUGCGGAUGAGCAGUCUGAAGUAGCGGAUUCUGCAGUUAUAGAAAGAGAUGUCAUGGGAAAAUGGAUUGAUCUAAAAAAUCAAGAAGCUGGCAUUAAGAAAGACAAAUCUGUCAUCAAAACUCAUGGUGAAAUUACUGAAUUAUUAGAUGGAGAACCAGAUGCUCUCCGGUCUUUUUGCACCAUUAAGAUAAGCAAGAUGCGUCAGCAGCCGAUCUCUAAGCAGGCAAAUGGUGGCAAGUCAAGAAAGUUGCAGCAUGGAUUCACAGCAGAGAAGCCGGAGACAAGUGACUUGAACUGCAUUGUUCCUGAUCGGCUAAUGAACAGAAUCCGCCUGAAAAAUACCAGAGAGGCUGUUAAACAGGUGACAGAAGCUCAAAUCCAUGAAUCUUCAGUGUGCCCUGACUGUCAGAAGAAGAAAGCAGAGCUAGCCAAGAUUACCUUUCUCAGACAAAAGAAGAUUCUAAUGGAAAGUGCUUUAAUCCAAGAGAAAUUGAAAGAACAGAUUUACUCCAGAGACGUGCUUACGCUUAUAGGAGAAGCACUCAGAAGCUUUCCCAAACCUUCAGAGGAUCCCAGGAACUUAUGGCAAAGGCUGAAAGGUCAGAAAAUGUAA